CAGUUUACUAAUAUACGUACCUAUGCACAUGUAAAUCACAUUUAGCACAAACGAACCUAUUAUUUGCCACUAUUUGGAUCUGUGCCUGAAGAAAGUGUGAUUCGUGUGAUAAGCAUUUGAUAACAAAAACAAAACAGUGCCGCAUAUUUUAGCAUAGAUAUUUUUGCUUACGCAACAAUUGACUUAAAUGUGAUUACAAAAACAAAUUAUGUCUUGCAAUUGGCUAAUUUAUUUGGCUUAUUUCCUGCUGGCACCCACUCUACUGCCAGCGGUUACGUAUCACAGGCGCAAUUAUGACUUGAGAUAUGGCAACUCGGACGUGCCGCAAUGGAAGCAAAGGGCAUGUCAGAAGACGCAAAGGGAGAAAAUCAACUUGCAUUACAUUUGUGAUGAGAAGGGUAAUGUCAAAUGUCUACCCGGCUGGCAGGGCGACCUGUGUCAAGUGCCACAAUGUAGAAAAGGAUGUGAUCCCAUGAAUGGCUACUGCCAACGUCCGGACGAGUGUCGCUGUCGCAUCGGCUAUACGGGUGAAUUCUGCGAGCGUUGCAUACCACUGCCGGGUUGCCAACAUGGCUACUGCAAUAAACCGUUCGAAUGCAUUUGCAAGCCCGGCUGGGAUGGUCUCUUUUGUACCGAACCCACCUGCCGUUCGGGUUGUCACAACACACGCGGCUAUUGUGAGGCGCCCGGUGAGUGCCGCUGCCGCCUGGGCUGGGCGGGGCGCAAUUGCAGUGAUUGUGCGGUGUUGCCCGGCUGCCAGCGUGGCACAUGUCAAAAGCCACUCGAAUGCAACUGCCUGCCGGGCUAUACAGGACUACUAUGCCAAACAGCUAUUUGUGCUGCGGGCUGUCACAAACAGCGUGGAUACUGCACUAAGCCAGGCGAAUGCCGGUGCAAAGUUGGCUGGACCGGACCGAACUGCGACCAAUGUUUUUCCUAUCCCGGCUGCGUGAAUGGCGAUUGUGAGCGACCAUGGGAGUGCAAUUGCAAGCCCGGCUGGGGAGGCAUGCUCUGCGAUGAGAAGUUGACAUAUUGCGACGAGCACCCGAACACUUGCGAGAAUGGCGGACGCUGCAUAUCAUACACCAAGGAUGAUGGCAGUUAUCGCUGCGACUGCAAACAGGGCUAUAUGGGUAAAAACUGCGAGAUUUUAGAUGAAUUCAUGCUGACCUCAACGUCAGCGCCGCGCAUCACGCCGCCACCAAUGCCCAGUUGGGGCGACGAAGCCGCCGCCGAUAAGCUAAAUGAUGAUGAUGACGACGAUGACGGGGAUAACCGCAUAGGCAGUGAUUAUCAGCUGGGGAAUCACAAAGCGCAACAAAAUAACACAGAAACAACAAUGAAUGACAGUAUUGCCGGCCACAGUGCGUUGGGGAAACCACUACGGCCUCCAGCAACGCAAGUGAAUGGUGGAACGGUAACAACGUUGACUGCCGUUGACAAGAUGACAAAUUUAAAUGACACUAAAUCCAUUGUGGCCCACGAUACUAACAAUAUUAAGCAGCCAGCAGCUGCCGUCCAGCCGACUGUGUCCGUCCAAUUGCCACAAGCGGCAAGAAAUACGUCUGACGUGCAUGUGCAAGCAACAGCAGCAACAAAUUCAACAACUACAACAGCGAGUAACCGUACUCAUUUGAAUUUAAUUAAUGCCACAGUAUCGGCUUUAAGCGCCCACGUUGCAUUGCCGGCAAUGCCCGGCCGAGAGGCAGACGAAAAUAGCACCAUUAAAGGCGCUUCUCCAGCCGACCGCACACACAGCAGCACAACACCGGCCACACCUACUGCCAUCUCUAGUCCCAUACCGAUUCCAUUGCAUUUCCUGGACUCAACUCACACGCACAAUAAGGUCACACACACUGCUGCAAUGGUUAAUUCAAAUUUAGCCGCUCCUUCCGGUAAUAAUGCAGCUGAUGAAGAUGCUAAUCAGGAUGAAUACGAGGAGGACGGUGAGGACGAAGAUGAUGACGAUGAAGAGGCUGAUGAUGAGGACGAUGACGAGGAGACUGAUGACGAUGAUGACGACGCUGAUGUUGAUGACUUAAUACCAGAUGUCCUUAAUAGUGUCGCCUAGUUGACUUAACAGGCCUACACAGGAUUGUGGCUCUCCUUCGGCUGACAGACACACGCUUUCGAUUAAUUACUCAUUACAUUGGUUACUCGUGUACAAACUCUGUGUCUGACUUUAAAUUUGCAUAGUGUUUCUUAUUUAAUUAGCCACAUAUGUUCGCCAUCGAACGCAUGUUUGCAUUGAGCGCUAGCAAAUGUGUGUUGUUAUUAUUGUACAAUUAAAAUUAGAAAAUUCAAUUAUUUAUUGUAUUUAUAUAUAAUCUCGUAUAUGCAUGGCAAUUUUGGAUUAUUUAUUUAUUAUUUAAUAUAAGA